AUGUUCAUACAUAAGUUUUAUCAAGAAACAACAGAAGAAAUCUCACCAGCAGAUGAUAUAUACCAACAAUUUAACCAUUUAAAAUAUGAGAAACAAUUGGAAAAAGACGAACCACUGGACUUUAACGAAUCAAUAACUGAAGAAUUCCUAUCUCAAAUGAAUAAGAAAUUUAAGGUUUGUCCGGAUUACGUUUCAUAUUCUCAAAAAAGACAUCCUCCUUACUCCCAAGGUCAUUUUAAAUAUCCAUAUAUGAGACCAGCCCCAAAAUGUCGAACAUUCACAAGUGAAGCCAUAGAAAAAGUAAUUGAAGAUUUGAAAUUACGUAUUGAAGAUCCAGAUUUAAGUCGAUUAUUUGAAAAUUGUCUACCUAAUACUUUAGAUACUACUAUUUUAUGGCAUAGAAAAACAAUUGAAGGUUAUCAUUCAUUUGUAGUCACUGGUGAUAUUCAUGCUGAAUGGUUGAGAGAUGCAGCUAGACAAUUAUCAGUAUAUCAACCUUUUAUAAGACAAGAUGCAAAAUUGAAAAAUUUAAUAUUUGGUGCUAUUAACACUCAAGCAUUUUAUAUUAAUAAUUCACCAUAUUGUAAUGCUUUCCAUCCACCACCUGGAUCAGGAGUUAAAAAAGGAGAUACUGCUUUUGAUAAUGUUCAGCCUAGACCAGAUUGGAAACAAGUAUUUGAGUGUAAAUAUGAAAUUGAUUCUUUGGCAAGUUUUCUAACUUUAUCUAAUGAAUAUUAUGAAAAUUCAGGUGGUGAUGAUUCAUUCUUGACUGAGCAUUGGAGAUCUGCAUUUGAGAAGAUCAUAUUAGUAUUGAGAAGAGAAAGUAUAGCUUCUUUCGAUGAAGAAACUGGUCAAAAUUUACCAUUUUAUUAUUCAUUUCAACGAAAUACAAAUAUUGGUAGUGAAACAUUACCUUUGGGAGGUGUUGGAAAUCCAGUAAAUUAUGGAACAGGACUUAUUCGAAGUGCAUUUAGACCAAGUGAUGAUGCUACAAUAUUACAGUUUUUCAUACCUGGUAAUAUCCACAUUUUAACUGAGUUACAAAAGGCUAGAAAAUCAUACCUUGAAAAAAUACCAGAUAAUGAAUUAUUAUUAAAACGAGUAGAUUAUUUUCUUGAAACUAUAUCUAAAGGUAUUGAAAAAUAUGGAAUAGUAAACCAUCCAGUAUAUGGUAAAGUUUAUGCAUAUGAAGUAGAUGGAUAUGGUUCUUCUGUCUUCAUGGAUGAUGCUAAUUUACCGUCAUUAUUAAGUAUACCUGAAAUGAAAUAUAAAUCAGCUACCGAUGAAAUUUAUCAAAAUACAAGAAAAAUGAUAUUACUGAAAUCUGGAAAUCCUUAUUAUUUAAAAGGUAUGUAUUUUGAAGGCAUUGGUGGUCCUCAUAUUGGUAUUCGAAAUGCUUGGCCAAUGUCAUUAUUAGUUAAAAUUAGAACUUCAAAUGAUGAUGAAGAGAUUCUUUCAGAUUUAAAAAUGAUCAUGUCAAAUACUGCCAAUCUUGGUCUUAUGCAUGAAAGUGUAAAUGUAAAUUCUAAACAAGGUAGAGAUUAUACUCGUUCAUGGUUUGCUUGGUGUAAUUCUGAAUUUGGAAAGACAAUUUUACAUUUAGCUAAAAAUAAACCUCAUUUAAUUUUUAAAAAAGAAUAUAAAGAUAAGGCAUAUAUAAUGGAAUAA